AUGCCCUCGCUCCUCCCCCCUCCCGCCCUCGCUCCUCCCCCCUCCCGUCCUCACUCCUCCCCCCUCCCGCCCUUGCUCCUCCCCCCUCCCGCCCUCGCUCCUCCCCCCUCCCGUCCUCACUCCUCCCCCCUCCCGCCCUCGCUCCUCCCCCCUCCCGUCCUCACUCCUCCCCCCUCCCGCCCUCGCUCCUCCCCCCUCCCGUCCUCACUCCUCCCCCCUCCCGCCCUCGCUCCUCCCCCCUCCCGCCCUCGCUCCUCCCCCCUCCCGUCCUCACUCCUCCCCCCUCCCGCCCUCGCUCCUCCCCCCUCCCGCCCUCGCUCCUUCCCCCUCCCGUCCUCGCUCCUCCCCCCUCCCGCCCUCGCUCCUCCCCCCUCCCGUCCUCACUCCUCCCCCCUCCCGCCCUCGCUCCUCCCCCCUCCCGUCCUCACUCCUCCCCCCUCCCGCCCUCGCUCCUCCCCCCUCCCGCCCUCGCUCCUCCCCCCUCCCGUCCUCACUCCUCCCCCCUCCUGCCCUCGCUCCUCCCCCCUCCCGCCCUCGCUCCUCCCCCCUCCCGUCCUCCCUCCUCCCCCCUCCCGUCCUCACUCCUCCCCCCUCCCGCCCUCGCUCCUCCCCCCUCCCGUCCUCACUCCUCCCCCCUCCCGCCCUCGCUCCUCCCCCCUCCCGCCCUCGCUCCUCCCCCCUCCCGUCCUCACUCCUCCCCCCUCCCGCCCUUGCUCCUCCCCCCUCCCGCCCUCGCUCCUCCCCCCUCCCGUCCUCACUCCUCCCCCCUCCCGCCCUCGCUCCUCCCCCCUCCCGUCCUCACUCCUCCCCCCUCCCGCCCUCGCUCCUCCCCCCUCCCGUCCUGACUCCUCCCCCCUCCCGCCCUCGCUCCUCCCCCCUCCCGUCCUGACUCCUCCCCCCUCCCGCCCUCGCUCCUCCCCCCUCCCGUCCUCACUCCUCCCCCCUCCCGCCCUCGCUCCUCCCCCCUCCCGCCCUCGCUCCUCCCCCCUCCCGUCCUCACUCCUCCCCCCUCCCGCCCUUGCUCCUCCCCCCUCCCGCCCUCGCUCCUCCCCCCUCCCGCCCUCGCUCCUUCCCCCUCCCGUCCUCACUCCUCCCCCCUCUCGCCCUCGCUCCUCCCCCCUCCCGUCCUCCCUCGUCCCCCCUCCCGCCCUCGCUCAACCCCCCUCCCGUCCUCGCUCCUCCCCCCUCCCGUCCUCGCUCCUCCCCCCUCCCGCCCUUGCUCCUUCCCCCACCCGUCCUCACUCCUCCCCCCUCCCGCCCUCGCUCCUCCCCCCUCCCGUCCUCACUCCUCCCCCCUCCCGCCCUCGCUCCUCCCCCCUCCCGUCCUCACUCCUCCCCCCUCCCGCCCUCACUCCUCCCCCCUCCCGCCCUCGCUCCUCCCCCCUCCCGUCCUCACUCCUCCCCCCUCCCGCCCUCGCUCCUCCCCCCUCCCGCCCUCACUCCUCCCCCCUCCUGCCCUCGCUCCUCCCCCCUCCCGCCCUCGCUCCUCCCCCCUCCCGUCCUCACUCCUCCCCCCUCCCGCCCUUGCUCCUCCCCCCUCCCGCCCUCGCUCCUCCCCCCUCCCGUCCUCACUCCUCCCCCCUCCCGCCCUCACUCCUCCCCCCUCCCGUCCUCCCUCCUCCCCCCUCCCGUCCUCACUCCUCCCCCCUCCCGCCCUCGCUCCUCCCCCCUCCCGUCCUCCCUCCUCCCCCCUCCUGUCCUCACUCCUCCCCCCUCCCGCCCUCGCUCCUCCCCCCUCCCGUCCUCACUCCUCCCUCCUCCUGCCCUCGCUCCUCCCCCCUCCCGCCCUCGCUCCUCCCCCCUCCCGUCCUCACUCCUCCCCCCUCCCGCCCUCGCUCCUCCCCCCUCCCGCCCUCGCUCCUUCCCCCUCCCGUCCUCGCUCCUCCCCCCUCCCGCCCUCGCUCCUCCCCCCUCCCGUCCUCGCUCCUCCCCCCUCCCGUCCUCACUCCUCCCCCCUCUCGCCCUCGCUCCUCCCCCCUCCCGUCCUCCCUCGUCCCCCCUCCUGCCCUCGCUCCUCCCCCCUCCCGUCCUCGCUCCUCCCCCCUCCCGCCCUCGCUCCUUCCCCCUCCCGUCCUCACUCCUCCCCCCUCCCGCCCUCGCUCCUCCCCCCUCCCGUCCUCACUCCUCCCCCCUCCCGCCCUCGCUCCUCCCCCUCCCGUCCUCACACCUCCCCCCUCCCGCCCUCGCUCCUCCCCCCUCCCGUCCUCACUCCUCCCCCCUCCCGCCCUCACUCCUCCCCCCUCCCGCCCUCGCUCCUCCCCCCUCCCGUCCUCACUCCUCCCCCCUCCCGUCCUCACUCCUCCCCCCUCUCGCCCUCGCUCCUCCCCCCUCCCGUCCUCCCUCGUCCCCCCUCCCGCCCUCGCUCCUCCCCCCUCCCGUCCUCGCUCCUCCCCCCUCCCGCCCUCGCUCCUUCCCCCUCCCGUCCUCACUCCUCCCCCCUCCCGCCCUCGCUCCUCCCCCUCCCGUCCUCACUCCUCCCCCCUCCCGCCCUCGCUCCUCCCCCCUCCCGUCCUCACACCUCCCCCCUCCCGCCCUCGCUCCUCCCCCCUCCCGUCCUCACUCCUCCCCCCUCCCGCCCUCACUCCUCCCCCCUCCCGCCCUCGCUCCUCCCCCCUCCCGUCCUCACUCCUCCCCCCUCCCGUCCUCACUCCUCCCCCCUCCUGCCCUCGCUCCUCCCCCCUCCCGCCCUCGCUCCUCCCCCCUCCCGUCCUCACUCCUCCCCCCUCCCGCCCUUGCUCCUCCCCCCUCCCGCCCUCGCUCCUCCCCCUCCCGUCCUCACUCCUCCCCCUCCCGCCCUCACUCCUCCCCCCUCCCGCCCUCGCUCCUCCCCCCUCCCGUCCUCCCUCCUCCCCCCUCCCGCCCUCGCUCCUCCCCCCUCCCGUCCUCACUCCUCCCCCCUCCCGCCCUCGCUCCUCCCCCCUCCCGCCCUCGCUCCUCCCCCCUCCCGUCCUCACUCCUCCCCCCUCCCGCCCUCGCUCCUCCUCCCUCCCGUCCUCACUCCUCCCCCCUCCCGCCCUCACUCCUCCCCCCUCCCGCCCUCGCUCCUCCCCCCUCCCGUCCUCACUCCUCCCCCCUCCCGCCCUUGCUCCUCCCCCCUCCCGCCCUCGCUCCUCCCCCCUCCCGUCCUCACUCCUCCCCCCUCCCGCCCUCACUCCUCCCCCCUCCCGCCCUCGCUCCUCCCCCCUCCCGUCCUCCCUCCUCCCCCCUCCCGCCCUCGCUCCUCCCCCCUCCCGUCCUCACUCCUCCCCCCUCCCGCCCUCACUCCUCCCCCCUCCCGCCCUCGCUCCUCCCCCCUCCCGUCCUCACUCCUCCCCCCUCCCGCCCUCGCUCCUCCCCCCUCCCGCCCUCGCUCCUCCCCCCUCCCGUCCUCCCUCCUCCCCCCUCCCGCCCUUGCUCCUCCCCCCUCCCGCCCUCGCUCCUCCCCCCUCCCGUCCUCACUCCUCCCCCCUCCCGCCCUCACUCCUCCCCCCUCCCGCCCUCGCUCCUCCCCCCUCCCGUCCUCCCUCCUCCCCCCUCCCGCCCUCGCUCCUCCCCCCUCCCCUCCUCACUCCUCCCCCCUCCUGCCCUCACUCCUCCCCCCUCCCGCCCUCGCUCCUCCCCCCUCCCGUCCUCCCUCCUCCCCCCUCCCGCCGUCACUCCUCCCCCCUCCCGCCCUCGCUCCUCCCCCCUCCCGUCCUCCCUCCUCCCCCCUCCCGUCCUCACUCCUCCCCCCUCCCGCCCUCGCUCCUCCCCCCUCCCGUCCUCACUCCUCCCCCCUCCCGCCCUCGCUCCUCCCCCCUCCCGCCCUCGCUCCUCCCCCCUCCCGUCCUCACUCCUCCCCCCUCCCGCCCUCGCUCCCCGCCUCCUCCUGUUCUCCAUGCAGGCGCUGCCGCACACAGGAGGGCAGUGGGGACAGCAGCGACGAGGGGGGAGGAGGCAGUGGAGGGUGCUCUCCCCGAGCUCUCCCCAUGCUCUCCCCAUUCUCUCCCCGUGCUCUCCCCACACUCUCUCCACGCUCUCCUCACGCUCUCCCCACGCUCUCCCCACGCUCUCCCCACGCUCUCCCCACGCCCUCUCGCCCUUCUCCCCCGUGCUUGUAAUUUCUUCCAUUCUCUCGUCACAUCAUCAUCACCCCUCCACAUCUCUCCCUGGCAGCUGUGCAAACGGGGCCGUCCUAAGGGGACUUCACGCCUGUCUCCUGAGGUGGUGGCUCGGCUAGGCGAUGCCAACCUCAUGUACGCCAUGGGGCGCUACAGUGAGGCCAUUCCGCUGCUGGAGGCAGUGAUACGGGAGGCCCCUGCGGUGCCCGACAGCUACCAGACGCUGGCGCUCGUGUACGACGCAAUGGGGGAUAGGAAGAAGGCCGUGAACCUGAGCAUGAUCGCCGCGCACAUCACCCCUCAGGACACCGCGCUCUGGCGCCGCCUCGCUGCCUGGUCACUGGAACUGGGCAACCCCUCUCAGUCACUCUACUGCCUCUCCAAGGUGGUGCGGCGGGACCCAUCGGACGUGGAGGCGAGGUGGGAGCAGGCGCUGCUGCUGGCGGAGGCAGGGGACUACCGGCGGGCCGCGGCGGCACUGGAGCUCAUGCGCGCACACAGGGAGGCGGACGGGCAGCGGGAGACAGAUGGGGAGGUCUGCAAGAUGCUGGCGCGGAUGUAUCACCGCAUCGACCAAUCAGACAAGGCCAUCGAGGUCCUCCAGUCCCUCCUCUCCUCCUCCUCCACCCCCGCCGCCCCGCUCGAUCUCACGGCUGUAAACAUUCUCGCCGAGCUCUACAUGACCAAGGGAAGCUUCCUGGAAGCGCUGGGUGUGGUGGAGCGAGCGCGGGCGUCGCUGUGUCCUGGGGAGGCCCUGCCGGUGGACCUGGGCGCCAAGGCGGGCACGUGCCUCGUGCGCCUGGGCCGCCUCACAGACGCUCAGCCGUACCUGCAGGCAUUGGAGCAGGAGAGUGCAGGGGACUGUGCAGACCUCUUCACAGAGGCAGGCGAUGCCUUCAUGGCUGUCGGCCGGGCGGCAGAUGCCGUCCGCUUCUACCGCCCGCUCUGCUGCCACUGGGACGACGUGGCCCUCGCUGCUGCUGCUGCCGCCGCUGCAGAUGCUGCUGCUCGGGAUCUCGGGGGUGCUGCUGCUUCAGAGGCCGGUGGGGCAGCGACAGCGUCAGAGGGGCAAGGGGGAGGGGCGGAGGCGUUAUGGCAGGAGGUGGAGGGGCGGGCGGCGGUGUGGGUGAAGCUGGGAGCGGCGUGUGCUGCUGCUGGGCGCGUGGAUGACGCCCUGCUCAUUCUGCACCGAGGUGCGCGUGUGCUGUGGGCGGUGGAGGCUGAUGUCUGGGAGGGGUGGGUGGGUUCUCGGGUACCCACCUGGCACGCACCCCUGCUUGGCCCUUUCCCUCUCCAUCCUCUGCCUUCCCCCUCCCUCUUCCCUCCUACACUCGCUUCCCUCCUCUACACUCUCUUCCCUCCUUUCCACUCUCUUCCCUCCUUUACACUCUCUUCCCUCCUUUACACUCUUUUCCCUCCUUUACACUCUCUUCCCUCCUUCACACUCUCUUCCCUCCUACACUACUCUCUACUGAUUCACUGCCACCUUCCAUCCCCGCUCUCUCGUUGCUCGCACCACUCUCUCCCAUCCUCCCCGCCACCAUGCACCUGCACUUCCUCUUCCCCGCCGCCCAUGUGUCUCCUCCUCCAUCACCGUCUCGCCUCACCUGCACCUGCCACCGUUCAUCACCUCUCUUCACCAAGCCUCACCUCCUUCGACCCUUUCACUUUCCUUCCACUCUCCCCGCUUCUCUCCCUAACACAUGCUCUCCGCUCUUCUAUUCUUCCUCCCUUGCGCUCCCCUCCUCUCCCCCCAGUGGUGGCGUGCCUGCCCUGCCUGCCCCACCCCCGUCUGCACCUCUCCUCUGCGCUCGCCCUCGCGGGUCGCCUGCCAGAGGCAGCGGCGGUGCUGGAGGGGCCGGGGGAGGGCGAGCAGGGGGGGGGCGAGGGGCAGCAGGAAGGGGCAGAGGCAGCACAGGGAGGAUCGCAGGGGGGGGCUUCCGCUGCAGUGGAUGGGGCGGGCGAGGGGGCGGGGGGGAGGAGGGGCGGGGCGGCGUGGUGGAAGCUGGUGGAGGUGCGACUGGCCAGGGCGUACCUGUGGGACAAGGCUGACAACGCCAGCAAGUUCCUGGAAGUUGCGCUGCCCAUGGUGUCCCAGUCUAUGUGGGCAAUCGACAAGAACGAGCGGAUUCUGUCGGCCUUCCGGGCGGCGCACCCGUGGUGGCGGCCGUGGAUGCGGCAGCUGAAGGCGCUGCUGGGCGAGCAGGCGAGGGAGGGCAAGGAGGGGCUGUACCGCGGGCUCAAGCUGCGCCUGCCACGCGGCAUCGCGUCAGUGCACUUCACACACAUGGCGUGCUUGCAGAGGGGGGGGGCACCUCAUUUCUCUCCUCCCUUACACACCCCAUCGCCCCUCUCCCUCCUCCCCUACCCUCCUCCCCCUACCUCCCCUCCUCCCCCUACCUCCCCCCUCAACUCCCUCUUCUACUCCUUCCCGCACAACCCCACCAGCUGCCAGCUGGCGAAUCGAAGGCGCCUGGCUCGGCUGGCAGCAGAGGAGGCGGAGAGGCAGGCAGCGCUGGGGGAGGGGAGGGGCGCGGGGGAGGGGGAGGGGGAGGGGGGAGCAGGAGGAGAGGGGGCGGGGGCGGGGGAGGGGGAGGGGGAGGGGGGAGCAGGAGGAGAGGGGGCGGGGAAGGCAGGUGGUGGUCGGGGGGGGAUUGGCACGGACUCAGUGCGGCUGCAGCUAGAGGUGGGGGGGGAGAGCGAUGUGGGGGACGGGAGACAAUGA